AUGUAUCUAUCUAUCUAUAAUUCUUUUUUAUUCAUAUCUAUCUAUGUAUCUAUUUCAUUCUGUUCAUAUCUAUCCAUUGCAUAUACAUAUAUAUCCAAUUAUAUAAGUUUUUUCAUCUCUGUUCAUACCUAUCUAUCUAUCUAUCUAUCUAUCUAUCUAUCUUGGCAUUAUUGCCUUGAUGGGCUGAUACCGAUUAAAAAAACUAUCUAUCUAUCUAUCUAUCUAUCUAUCUAUCUAUCUAUCUAUCUAUCUAAAACAAUCACUUUAUUUCUAUCAAUAUCUCUCGCCACAUCAGUAUUACGCCAUCUCUCUGUAUAUGCACAAAUUAAUUGGCCCAAUCAGGAAUGUCUCUCUCUACAAUUCAUUUUGCGUUUCUUUAUACUCAUUGGAUUACAUUUCAUUUUCCAUCCCAUAAACGUUCAAUUGAAUCACACACAACAUUUCAGCACGCUAUGCCCGGAAGGUUUUCUUUUCAUAUCUAUCUAUCUACCUAUCUAUCUCAGUCUCUUGAUACCAUCUAUCUAUAUACUUGACUGUUCCCACCAUCAAUUCUGUUUAUAUCUAUCUAUCUAUCUAUCUAUCUAUCUAUCUAUCUAUCUAUCAUACCCAGGGCGCCAGGAAUAA